AGGUGAUUUUUUUUAGUGCGAUAAUAACAUUGUUACAACUACGAUGGAAUAGUCGAUAUUGUGUUUUUGUUAUAUAAUUAUUUAUUAUUGAACAAUUUAUCGACUUUCUUUCAGUCAAUUAAUCAUGAUUGUUAAAUAAAGUGCGUCGUAAAUUCUAUUUAGUUAUGUUCUGCGAUUAGAACUUGUAUUUUCUUAUUGCUUUUGUCGUGAUAGCUAAACAUUGUUAACAUCGAUUUAAGUAAAAAUGUCAAUAUUCAACGGCUCAUCAACUUUGAAGGACAAAGUUGAUGAUACGCAUCCAUUAAAAUGUACAGUUCUCAAUACACGAAACACAAAUGGCUAUACGGUGAAUAAAAAAUAAUUAAAUAUAAGUACUAAGAAUACCUACAUCGUUGUUUAUCCAUUAAAAUACUAAUUUAGUACUUACGUAAUAUUUCAUUAAAGGAAUAUGUGAUAGAAAUAACUCGUAUUGGAUCACAGGACUGUACUUGGAAAAUAUUUAAACGGUAUAGUGAUUUUGUUAAGCUACAAAAUAUGUUGAACAAGUUAUCAUCAAAAAUUAAUUUGGAUAUACCACCAAAAAAAUAUAUUGGCAACAUGGAUCGAAAGUUGGUCAUGCAACGACAGAAUGCUUUACAAGUUAGUCAAAUUUAUAAAAUAUCUAAUAAUUUAAAAAGCAAAUAUAACUGUGAAGGAGGAGAUUUUGAAAAUUCAUAUAAGGCAUACAUUAUUAUUAUUGCAUUAAAUUCAUAGCCCUACUUCUAUGAAUAAUAGUUGUACUAAAUUUGCUUUAAUAAUUCAUUCAUUUAUUAAUCAUUAUUUCAUAUAAAUUAUCAAAAUAGAUUAUAUUAAAUAUUAGGUACCUACUUAUUAGUGACCAUGGGAUACUAUCAUUAGAUUAUAGUAGAUCAUUAUUGUUUUAAAUAAAUAUGAACUGUAAUUAUAAUUACUCACUAUUUGAAUAAUUAAGCUUAGAUAUAUUAGUUAUUCCAAUUACAAAUUUAAAUAUCUUUUUAAUUUUUGAUACUACAAUCAACAAUUUGUUGAUUACAACCGUUGAUUUUAGUAUAACACGUGUAAUACAUUUUUUCAUUUACUUACAAUAAAUUCAUAUUAGUAUAGUUAGCUGUAGUUUUUGAUUUGUUGAAUUUUUUUUUUCUUUAUUGAAGAAUAUAAUAAUUUUUGAAAUAUUAAUGUAUUAACAAUUUUUUAAAAAUAUACUUUUUUCUAAUUAAAAUUGUAAUUAAAUAAGUGCAAAAGACUAUAAUGAAGUUAAAAACCAAUUAAGCUUUAAGAGAAAAUCUAAUAACCGUAGAAAUGAUUAAACCAGGUGAACCUACAUUAACCAAAUACCCAAUGGAUUCAUUGAAAAAAUUUGGAUAAAUGAAACAAUCCCAGAAGAAUGGAAUACUGGUACCCUCUGCCUAAUCUACAAAAACAAAAAUGAAACCUUAGCGAACGUGAUACAUAGUAGAUUAGAAUGCUACAUAGAAAGUUUGCUAGAUUACUAAUGUAGAUUCCGUAAAUCGAAGUUAAUAAUUGACUAAAUUUUCAUCCUUAGAUAAAUCCUAGAGAAACAUUAUGAAUUUAAUAAAGAAAUUCACAUAGUUUUUAUAGAUUUUAAACAGACAUAAAAUAGUGUUAUUAGAGAAGAACUAUGGAAUACAAUGGCUGGGGCAUGUGUGGAGAGCUGAAGGAAGUGAAAUGAAAGAAAUACUAUAGGAAGAGACCUCUUGGAUGACCAAGAUAAAAAUGUAUAUAUACAGUACUAAAAUACUUAUGAACCUUGGAUGAUAUUGUACAGGUGGAAGAUGUAGUAGAUAGAGAGUGUGUGAAUGGCAGUAUUCGCCCUCAAGGGCCGUAAACUGAUGAAGAUGAAAAAGAAUUAAAAUUUAAAUACCGAAAAAAAAAAAACCUUGAGAGAUACUUUACACCUGAGUAGUUUACUGUUGUAGGUUGGAUGUUGGGAAUGAAGAAUGCUAGAAUAUACAGGGCAAUUUAAUUUUAGUUUUGUGUUAACAUAUUUUAGAACAGUAGAGUGGUCAUUAAUUCAUUGUAUACAUAAUUUAUUAACAGAUCACUAUUAAAAAAAAAAAUAAUAUAUACAAAAUAAUACAUAAAUGUAUACUGUUUCAAUGUAUACAACCAAAAUAUUUUUAAUUUGUGUAAACAAUGAAAAACAUAAAAUAAUCAUUAUUAUUUUAUGUUUUUAGAGCUCGUUAAACACAAUGAUUGAGAAUCUAAUGCUAGCAAAUUCUUGGCUUAUCAGAAGUUUCUUGGAUCCAGAAACCUAUAAUGAUUAUUGUAAAGGUAAUAAAACAUAUUUAUAUAAUAAUAAACUAUUAUGAUAAAAAUUCUGCACUUCACCUUGUUAUACACAUUGAUAUUUUAUAUACAGAAGUAUGAAUGAUGAAGAUGACCUUAGUACUGGUAUUAUUGCAACUAGUUUAUAUUGAGGAUUAUAAUUUAAAAAAAAAAUUUUUCUUGUAUUCCAAUGAGUUGUCCUUCAUUUUAGAAAUACCUAUUUAUAUAACACAUUUUGUUGUAAGACUUUAUUAGUUAUCUACAUUUUAUAUUUAUCUGCAUUUGUAUGCGUGUUUGAAUGUUACUAACCUAUUUUUAUUUGUCAUUUUCAAAUUAAAUACUUGCCACUAUUUUGAAUUAAACAAUAAAAUGUUGAUAAAUUGCAAAUAGUCUUAUGGUUUGAAUAUUGUUAUUGAUAAUUUGUUUAAAUAUGUAGUUAUCAUUAAUUAUUUAGUUUUUUAAAAAAAAAAAAAAUAAUAAUAAUAAUAAUUUUAUAUUAACUCUAUUUUAGUUAAGAUUAAAUUUAUUUUAAUGCAAAUAACAACAUGAUUAAUAUGUUUUAAAUAUACAUUUUAGUAUGAAGUUUUGAACUACAAACUAAUUUGAUAACAUACUUUUAUAUUUAAAGUCAAACUCAACUACUUCCUUCCUUUGGACAUUUAUCUUUAGUCCAGUUAUAGUUAUAGUUGUAGCCUAACUGUUACAUGUAAACAGAAGUGAAACAAACUAAAAAUAAUCUAGAAGUAACCUAUCUAUACACUAAUAUUUCCCAGUUUUUUCAAUAUAUCACAAAAUUGAGUAAAUGGGUAAUAAUAUUUAAUUUUCAUAUUAAGCAACCAUCCAUCCCUAAAUCUUAAAUAAAAUCGAGAAGCAACCGUUUCUCAAAGACUGCAUUCAUUUUGUCACUGCAUAGAAAUACAUUGUUAAGGUUGAGUAAUGCUUACUUUUUCUAUAAGCAUUAAAUAUUUAAAAUGUAAAAAAUAUAUUACAGAACAUGUUUAAAAAUGUUAAAUUUUAUACAUUUUUAUAGAAAAAUUAAUGAUUUCAUAAGUAUAUAUUUUUUUAGAAUCUUUAUUCCAGAAAGUUGGUAUGGUACUUCGUGGUAAUCGAGAAUUUGAAUUAUCUAAAGAACUACCUAAUAUUGGUUGGCGUUUAAGAAGAAAAUCAUUUUUAUCUAAAUGGAAAAAAGAUCCAAAACAAGAACUUUUAUUAUCAUGGACUGAAAAUGGUCCUGACCUCUCACUUAAAUCACAUGAUUUGGUUACAGUACUGAAAUCAAUAUCUAGCAUUAUAGUAAGAAAAUAUUGGUUGUUGAUAAACCCUCCUUAAAAAUGUUUUUUUCUUUUUAUAAAGCAUCCACUCAUAGAUGUUCCUGUGAUUUUACCAAGUCCCGAAGGUCAUACAUUAUCAGUUCAUAACAUUCAAGUUGGCAGUUUGAGAGAUCUAUUAUAUCAAACAACACCUUUACAACCUUUUUUAAAAAAAUAUUGGGAUACUUCUUCUCAUGUUUAUUUACCUGACCAAACUAUGGUAUACUAUAUUAAACAGAUUUUAUAUGGACUAAAAUUUUUACAUGAUAAUCAUAUCCCUUAUGGUGAGUUUUUUAAUAAAUACAUUCAUUGAACUAAUUUUUUGAUCUAAAUAUAUUUUGUUUAGGUCAUUUACACUCUGGAAAUGUUUUAGUUUGUGAUAUUGAAAGUAUUAAAUUAACCGGAAUUGAAAAUAGUACUUUAGGAUUACCUUCUUAUUACCGUUCUUUUCUAGUACAGCUUGGUAAAAAACGCAUACAAAGUUUAAAUGAUGCUGAUAUUUAUGGAUUUGGUCAUAUUUUAUAUGAGUUGACUGAGAAUGAACCUUUAACAAGGCCUUCUUGUGAACAUUUUUCUCAGAAAACUUCAUUAAAUUUAAGUAAGAUUAUAUAAAUGUGAAAAAUUUGUAUUGCAUUACAUAUGUAUCUGAAUUUAUAGUAUUAACACAUUGACGGACACUUGUAAUAUAAUUUUUAUUGUUAUAUUAGUAGUGUUAUACCUACAUACAAAAUCUAUGUAAAAUGUCAGUGUUGUUUGCCAUAAUGUGGCAAUCCAAUGUCUUCUAUGAUUUAAUACUAUUGAAAAGAUUACUAUUUCAGCAAUAUUAAUGUAAUAUGACAUUUUACAUAUUACUGCUAUAGCAGUAAUAUCUGUCAAAGUGUUAAUAAUACAUAACAUUUUAAAUAUUAACAUUUUUAAUGUUAAAUUGUAAUAUAAAAUAUUUAAUUUUUAGCCAAACAAAUGAAAAAUAUUCUUGCCCCUUCUUCAUCAAAGUUACCUAUGCCAAAUGUAAACAUGAUCAUAACAAAUUUAAAACGUGUUCGUUUGAUUGACGACCAAAAAGACCCAUCUUUUUUUAAAUGCAAAAUACCAGCUAUAGUUAAAGAGCAUUAUAUUCUAAUUGCUGAGAAAUGCAUGUCAAGAAUUUUUGAAGACCAAAAAAAAGUAUGUACUUGUGCAUUAUUAAAAAAAUAUACUUAUAUAAUUGUAAAUUAUAAUUUUAUUUGUAUUUAUAGAUGACAUUAGAAAAACGGCACAAAAAAAUAUACAAAAUCAUUCAUGAUUCUGAGAAACUUUCUGAAGCAACUCAACCAAAACAUUUUGUUAGUACAGAUCAAAAGUUAAAAAUGUAUAUUAUAGUAUUUACUUACAUUUAUUUUUUACAGGAGUUCCAUUCAAUACAAAAUAAUAGUUUACUUGAAAACAAUAAUAGAUCACAUAGCUCCAGUAGUAAUAGUACACUAACAUCUACUGGUUCUGAUACAUUAAGUAAUAAUAGUGAGUAUGAUGUUAAUAUAAUACAUAAUAACAAUUACCUAUUUUUUUUUUUUCUGUAUCUUAAGUCUCUACAAAUAAAAGUAAAUUAAAAUUAUAGAUAUCAACAAUUAUAAUUUAUGUAUACAUGUGCAAAGGGAAGUUUAAUUAUUCCAAAGCUAGAACACAAGAGUGAAAUAUUUUCUGAAAAAAUUAAAUUGUACAAAUUCAUAAAAAUAAAGACCAAUUUGCAAGUGAUAAAAUAGUUCUAAUUAUUAAGUGUAUUGAAAAGUUGCGUGUGGCUAGAAAAUAAAGCAGUGGUGAACUCAAUUAAGUUUGGAGUGAAUUGGUAGAUAAUGAGGAGCAAUUGUGUGUGUAUUAAAAUUGUUCAUAAUUAAUAGGUUAUAGGUUUUGAUAGUGGUUUUAAUUAUUUGGUACACAAUUUUCCAAAUGAUGAAUUUGCUUUAGUGAUAUUUAAUUGCUUAGGAACUUUAAAGUUCUUUUUAGUUUGGAAGGGAAGCAAAAUAUAUGUUUUUUUUAUAGUGUUGGGAUAUUAAUGAAAUUUAAUUAAUUUGUAAUACAUUAUCUAAAAUAGAUUUACAAAAUAACAAUCUAAGUAACUUAAAAAUAUUUUGUAUAAUUAUUGCUGUAAUUUUGAAUUCUAUAUUAAUGAUUAUAAAAUAAGUAAUUGGUCUAAAUUUUAGUUUUUCUUUUUUUAUUGAAAAUGCUGAUGAGUUAUAUAUUACACUAAUACCAAUAAAUCAUUUUAUUUAUAUUAAUUAGUUUUAGAAUUUAAAUUAAUCACUUAAAAAUACUUUAACUUUCUUUUUAAUGCUCAUAGAAAAUAUAAAAUAAAAAGUGGUCCAAAAGAGCUAUCUAAUAUGGCAUUUUUUGGAUUUUUAUAAUUGUUUAAUGUGUAGAUGAAUACAAAAAUUUGUAUUUAAUGCCUCAAUUUAUCUCUAUCAGGAUGAUUAAUUAAGCAUGCUCAUCCCAUUUUUUCAGUUAAAUUUUGCAUAUGCAGUAGAAUCUUAGUAGUCCGGCAGUACCCUGGUCUCAUAUCUGUCAGUUUACUAAGAUUCUUCUGUAUUAAAGUUUAGAUUUUUGCAAUUUUUAAGUGUUAUUAAAGCUGAUAUUUUUGAAUACUUAGAUUUUUCUCAUUAUUUAAGGAGUACCCUGUGGCGAUACCAACUUUGGUUUUUCAAAUUUGAACCUAUAUUAAAAAUUCUAAAAAUAGACCGAGUAUUACUUUAAAUAAAUUUUGAUGUUAACAUUUUUGAUUUCAGUCAACCCAUUAACAAGAUAUUCCACUUUUAAUUUUAGAUAGGGGGAGAGUAGUGGAGUAUAAUUUAUGUGGUGCACAGUGUUUUAUUAAUACUCUACUACUCAGCCUACUUCAACUUAGAAGUGAAAUAUCUUGUCAACAGGUUGAUAAAAAUCAAAAAUUUUCACAACAUCUUUUAUUUGAAGUAAUAAAGUUUAAUACUCCAUCUAUUUAUGGAAUUUUUAAUAUAAGUUCUCAUUUGAAAAACCCAAGUUGGUAUAACCAUAGGAUACCUCUUAAAUGUUAUGAAAAGUCUAAGUAACCAAAAGUAUCGGAUUUAAUUACACUUAAAAAUUCCAAAAAAUAAGAAUUUGAUAUAUUAUGCAAAAUUUAACCAAAAUAUGUGUUGUCAACACACUAGUGAAUAUUUUUUAAAAAAGUGUUAAGUGAAAAAUAAUAAAAUUAGGAACUAGUUAAAACAUAUUUCUUAAUUUAAAUUAUUUAAUCACUUUUUGCAUUACAGCAUAUUAUAUUGUAUUAGAAUUUACGUUGGUAACUAAACAUAAUAAAAACUAUUCAAAUAAAAUAAUUAGAAUGGAACAGAUAGCAAUUAAUCAAUUAAAUAAUGAAAUAUAUUAUUUUUUGUGCCUUAGCUGCUGUUAAUUCAUCUUCUUUACCAAGCAAUCCACCUCCACCUCCACCGCCGCCACCUAUUCCCCCUACUAUUUCACCACAAGUAAAUCAACCAGACAAUCGAAGAAUGGCUCUUUUAUCUUCUAUUAGUUCUUUUGAUCCAACAAAAUUAAAAAAAACGACAAAAUAAUAAAUAAAAUCAUAUGAAUAUAAAUUGUUAUUAGCAAAAUGUUAUUUCAUUGUUGUUUAUGUUUUAUAAUGUUCCUAAGGUGCUAUACAUUAUUUUUAAAUAAAAAUCAUUCAAUUUUAAAUUAUUUUUGAUACAAUAUUAAUUUUGUGUGUAUCGACAUUUAUUAUUAACCUUAAACUGUUGGAUUGAGCAUUUUUAAUUAAUAAAUAAUAUAUUACGAAAGUUAUCUAUUUAUAUAUGUUUACAUUUCAUUUAGUUAAUCAAAGAAAUAUUUUUGUACUUUUUUUAUUUAAGUCUUUAUUCUUAUUAUUUUUAUAUCAUAUUAUAGAAUAAAUCUACUAGUAUAUUUAAUUUAUGAUCAUAUUUACCAAACAAUAUGUUAAAUGGAAUUUUUACAAAUAUUAUUAAAUUAAAAUGUUUAUUACAUUGUUUAUGGUGAUUUGACCAACUUUAACUUAAAAACAAUAAUUUAUUGUUUUCUUGUUUGACAAAUAAUAUAAAAACUGUCAAUACCUUCUUAGAAUAGUCCAUAUUUCACCCUCUUCAUUAUUGUAUGCUAAACUAAUAUUAACUUUUUGAUUUAAUGAGAUUUUAAAAUCACCAAAACAAUUAUUUUACUCAAAAUAAUGAUAUAAAUACAUUUAAUAUCAAACUUAAUAUAAUAUUAGUUACACUAAUUUAAAGUUAAGACUGGAGAAAUUGUAGGAGCAUAAUACUUUUAUAAUUUUAUAAUUUUUUUCUUUACUCCGUUCAACUUCAAGGAAUUGUGAUUUAUAACUUCAAACUAUAAGGCUUAUAUUCAAUUAAUGUACAUUAAAAUAUGUAUAUAAAUAAUUUUUUUUUUAAAUUAAAUUUAAAUGAUAUUUGUUGUUAUGAGGGUUGGUGUAGGGCACUAAGACAAAUCAUUACUUAUUAAAAAUCAUAUUAUAUUUUAUCCCAUUAUAAAAUAAAUAAUAAUUGCCAUCUUGGGAUAAGUUAACACAAUAUAUUGUACACUAUUAAUUAAAUAUAAUAUAUUUGUUAUAUUUGUUAAGUAGUUUGAAUUAAAUUAUUGGUGCCAUAUAAAGUAGAAAUAUGAUUAUGUUGUUUUGAAUCAUUUAAGUUCACAAAAUUCUAUUUAUUUUUUUAUUUUGUAUUUCAUGUUUAAAAUACAUACAUUAUUUGAUUCAUUUAAACAUUAGAUUUGACUAAAAAUCUGUACAUUUUGGUUUUAAAUCAUUAAGUGCAUAUUAUUGAAUGUAUAUUUUAUUGCAAUGAAACAGUGUUAAAUUCUAACAUAAAUGUUUAAGAUCUAUGUGAAUUUAUAUUAACUACCUAACUAUUGAUUCUUAGAAUAUAUAAUCUAAUUCAUAUUGAUUUGUUAUAACUACACAUUUGAACUAUUUAUACACACAUAACACUAUUUUAAUUCAAUGAAUAAAUCUGAGUAUUUAUUUUCUACUACGUACAGGGUUAUCAACCCUCAAUAAUACACUCGUUAUCUCUGAAAGUAUUAACUUUUUUAGACAAGCAGUUCUAAAAUGUUACUGUUAUUAAAAUUUAGGUUGAAAUGUAUAAUAGGUAUUGACAUUAUUAAUUGGCUCAAUUAUUAUUUUUUUAUUCAUUAAAAAAUAUAUUCUUAAAUAGUUUGUAAUAAAAAAAAAAAAAAUAAUAAUAAUAAUAAUAAUAAUUUAAAUUUAAAUAACAACUGUAACUGUAUUUUACUAUUGAUUUUAGAAUAAUUAUUUUAUUUACACUUUAUACCUACCAAUAAAUAUCAUUUAAAAACUUAUGCUAAACCAUAUUAUCAAUUAGUUACCAAAUUUUAUUAUUACUUAUCCAAUAAAUAAGAUGUACUUGUUAAUGUUUUGUAUAAUUAUUAUUGAUAAGUUUUAAUUGUAAUAUUGCAU